CACAGAUGAUUAAAUACCAGUUUGACCCAUGAGCUAUAAAAGAAGAUGCAAAUUAUUUUUUAAAUUAAAUUGUCAUCGGAACGGCUGAAAUAUGUACACGAAGGCGGUGAUAUUGUUUUGCGCUACAGUUGUGGUAAUAAGCCACGAAAUAGAAAUCACCACGCCAACACCUCUAAGUAGUGCUGAACUAGCGCUUGCGUCUCAACCAGUAAUCUCGAGCUAUGCAGUUCCAGCCCAUUCAAGCCACAUCGCCAACACGUACCUGCCUGCAUCUGCCAGCUCCGAAGUGAAGAUCGGCAGCUACUACGACAAACACUCUAGCGCUCAUUCAACAUAUGUUCCAGUGCAUGCCAGCCAUUCUACGUAUCACUCUUCACCACAGUAUACUACAGUAGCUCCAGUUUAUUCAACAACUCCAGUUAGUUACCAGUCCCACUCCAGUAAUUUUAAAUCUUAUCCUUCUGUAGCGUCGUAUACCAAGUCUACUUUCGCACCUAGAUACAGUUAUAGUAUUGCCUCUAACCCUGUGAGCCACGUAGCGUCUUAUCCUUCUCAGUCGUAUUCUUACUCCCACGGAUCUUCGUAUAGCCAACCUCAGUCUCAUUUCCAUUCUGCACCUGUAUCGUAUACUGUCAGCCCAACGUCGUAUUCAACAUAUUCUGGUCAGAAUUAUGUUUCGUAUCCAUCCUCAACCCCAGCCCCCUUGGUAAGCAGCACACUGGGAUACGGUAGUAGUUCCGCAUUAUCUUAUUCCGUAGCUCCAUCAGUGGUUUCCUAUAGUUCCCCUUCAUAUUCUAUUCAACAAGCUCCUUUGAAAGCCCAAUUUUCGUACGCAGUUCCUUCACACGGUGUAGCAUAUGGUGGCCAACAAUGGGCCCAUGGUGCUAGUGUUCCUUACCACGGGGGACAUUAUGAUUAUUCCUCAUACUCUUCUGUACCACACGUUAGCUCCGGCUGGAAAAAAUAGAAUAUCAUAAACUAUGUAACUUUUGUUAUUGUUAUUAUCUUGUGUAUGAGAUUUACCUUCAUUAUGUGUCUAUUAAUAAAACGAUUCUAAAGUA